UGUAACUUGAAGUCGAUUCGCAUCCCGUAAGCAGAAUGCAACCUCCUUGCCAAACGACGCGGCAUGACGCAUCUGAGUCAUCUUCAAACACAUGCCCGGAUGUGUACCACGUGGUCGAUGGUGUGCACCUGAGUCGGCUGUUCACGGAGCGCAGCAUCAGGUCGGCGAUGUCGUACGGGCCUCGAGACGACGACGUGUUCGUCGUCAGCUACCCGAAGUGCGGCAGCACGUGGCUCCAGCAAAUCGUCAAUGCGGUCUUGAAAAGCGACGACGACUCGUCCGGGGAGUCGGCAGGAGCUGGGUCACAAGAGUUGCCGGCGUUCCUCGAUUUGGUGGGCGCCGCAGGCGCUCUGUCCACGCCCCGACCAGGUUGCCUGAAGACUCACCUGCCAUACGGCAAGCAUCCCUACUCGCCGGAAGCCAAGUACAUCUACAUAACCCGGAACCCCUACGACUGCUGCGUUUCCUUCUACUACCACACAAGGCGACUUCCGACUUAUCGGUUCCAGGAGGGCACGUUCGAUCAGUUCUUCAACAUGUUCGUGGAAGGCAAGGUAGACUACGGUGACUACUUCGACCACUUGCUCUCCUGGUACGCACACCGUGGAGACCCGAACGUGCUGUUCAUCACCUACGAGCAGCUCAAGAGAGACACAGCGGGCUGUGUUCUGAAGACUGCGGACUUCCUGGGCAAGGACAAGUACGGCGAGAAGUUCCGAAAAAAUCCAAAGCUUCUAGGGCAAGUCUUGGCGCAAACGAGCGUCGAAAACAUGAAAUCGCUGAAUUCGAAGAUGAAGAACUGGACCGGAUUGAUAGAGUCCGUGCCCGCCAACGCCAGGGAAGAACUGAGGAAGGAACUGAAGGGCAUUUUUGGGGACAUUUGGGACGUACCGGGAAACGCAGGCUUCAUACGCAAAGGUCUCGUUGGUGACUGGAAGAAUCACUUCAGCCCGGAACAGAUUGGGAGAAUGAAGGACCACAUCGAGUCCAAGACUCGUGGAAGUGACGUAAUGGAUCUGUGGAAGGAUGCAGGGCUCCCUUGAGCACACCAUCGAAUGAACGUUGAGCAAUAAAGGAGCUUUAACAAUAUCA